UCCCAAGCGCUUAGUACAGUGCUCUGCACACAGUAAGCGCUCAAUAAAUACGAUUGAUUGAUUGAUUCUACAAAGAUAAAGCACAUUUGCUGAAGGCCUCGAUCUCGAAGGGUAUCUGUGUUUUGGAUUGUAAACAUUGAAGGCAUCGUUGCCUUGUGAUGCCCAAGCUAGGCUAGCCCCGCACAUAAAAAGGAGGGAAGCGUUCGAGGUUUCUAGAACAGAGAAACAACCUACUCCUCAGGAUCCCUCCCUGAGGGAAAGCUCUCUUGCAAAGGAUGUCAUUCACUUGGCUGUGUUUCAGUUGAUGCCAAUCCCCAGGGAGCAGGGGGUUAGGAAAGUGGGGGAAGAACCCCAGAACCCAAAGGAGAGAGGAGUCCGUUUUAGGUGUCUGAGGGUAAUAGAGCUGCUGUUCACCAGGAAGGCUGCAGUUCAGCAGGGUGAACUAAGGAAGGGCCUCCUGGAUAGUACACCUACAGAGGAGCUGUUAAGGGAAGUUCAGGGCAUAGCCUAUAAAUACAGCAUGGUCAUGUCCCUUGAAAAUGUGGUUGUUGUGGGACACAUUUCCCCUGGAUUUACGUGUGCAAAGUUAGGCUCUAAUCUGUACCAGAAGCUCUGGAAAAAAAGAAAUUACUUUAUAUGCCAUAUAUUAUAAUGUUAAACAUCACUAAGCUAUUAUUUCAACUUUGUUAAAGUAGUUCGACUAAAGCGGUAAUCUGAAUCUUUGCAAGAGGCUGCAGAAGUACAAUCUUGUUUGGCCGAUCAUGGUAGUGGAUUCUCAACUGUAGUGAAGAAUUUGUCCAGCUUAGGUUGAACGGCAGCCUUCUCCUUUUCGUCUUAAAGUACUUGUAACAGGUUAACUCUUUCUGAACACCUCUAAGCAUCUUUGAACUCCUCACAAAGCACGCUGUUCGGGGUGUUCUUCUGAACUAGGUCAGAUUCCUGCAGAGAACGCACACCCCUCAAAAGUUCUACCCAGAAAGAGAAAGAGAAGGUGUAAGGAUCCCGGAGAUCCAGCAGAGGACAUGGCUGAGAAGCAAGGAAAGGCAAAGGCGAAGCUGAAACACCUCAAAGAUGAGGAUAAAGAUGAUGAUGAAUGGGCAGGUUUCAGUGGCCGUCCAAGUGCCCUCAGAGGGGAAGAACAUUCACCAAGAGAGGCAGCGCUUAAAAUUACUAGCAGCGAAGAGGAUGAGUGGGAAGAUGUAGAAGAACUUACAGACUGCGUGCCAUAUGAGAAGAAAGGAUCUUCCUCUUUCUUUGAGCCAUUCUGGUCUAACAAACCUGUGGAAAUAGAGAUCGAAACCCUGGAACAGGCAAAGAUAAGAGAGAGACGAGAAAAAGAGCAAAUUGAAUUUCAGACUUAUCUCCGGAGAACAAUCAAGCGUUUUCAUAAAGAAGUCACUGAGGAUAUGCACAAGGUUCAUCUGCUCUGCCUCCUAGCCGACGGCUUGUAUCAGAAUUCUGUCUGCAAUAUGACAGAUCUUCAAGCCAUCAGUUUCUCUGUCAUCCCAGAAGAAUUUACGACAGUACCAUCCAGAAAUAUGAAUGUUUUGUACCUCUCCAACUUGGUAAAAUGGUUCAAUGCAACAUUCACGAUCAAUCCCGACCUCCCUGCCGAAGGUCAAAGGAGCCUGGAGUACACCUUAAGCGGACGAUUUGCUAUCUAUUCUGCACGUGAUGAAGAAGAAUUAGUCUAUAUGUUUUUACUGAUUCUCCGAUCAUUGCAAUUUCUUGCUCGACUGGUAUUGUCCCUGCAGCCCAUUCCUCUGAAGUUACAUCUUGCAAAGGGUAAGAAAACCUCCAAGUUCAACUUCCUUGAAGGUCCUGGGGUCUCUACCAUUAAGCCUGAACAGGCCGACAGAGGAGAAGAACAAGGAACGAGUUAUUUUAGAAGCCUAUGGGAUGAUAAAAGUCCAGAGCUUGCCAAGGACCCACUGUGCAUGGACAGGUCCAAUAUGGAAAGAGAGGAUUGGGAACAGCCUACUUCCAGCAAAAAAUGCAGAGCUGAGGAAAUGGAGGAAGCCCAGAGGACCGAGAGUGAAGAGCAGGAUCCUGCGACCCCACAGGGGCUGUACAAAGAGGAGAGUGAUAGUGACAAUGACUUAAGACUGAUUAGCGGAGAUGCCAUACCAAAUGUAGAUUAUAAGCCUGGCACUUGGUGCCCCAAACCAAAGAAGAAGUCGCAAAGUAGUGCCAGAAAGCUCACGGCAGCAGGCCCUCUGGAAAUUAAACAGCACACGUUCGAGGCCAAGAUUCCGAGCUCCUCAAGGACCAGAAGACGUAAAAUCAUUUUCACCGACGAAGAGGAGGAAAUGAGGAGAGCAACUGGGAUGGACCAGUGGCUGGAGGUGUUCUGCGAUGAGGAGGAUAAAUGGGUUUCUCUGGACUGCGUGCAUGGGAUGGUGGGGCAGCCCGAAAUCUGCUUCAAGUAUGCCUCAAAGCCCGUGUCCUACAUCCUGGGCCUUGAUAAUGAUGGCUUUGUCCAGGACGUCACCAAGAGGUAUGACCCAGCCUGGAUGACGACCACUUGCAAGAACCGUAUUGACUCGGCAUGGUUGGCCAAGACCUUGACUCCGUAUGAGAGCCCUUUCACAGCAAGGAGAGAAAAAGAAGAAUGGGAGUUUCAGACUAAACUACAAGACCAACCUUUGCCCACUGCUAUUGGAGAGUACAAGAACCACCCUCUUUAUGUCCUGAAGAGACAUCUCCUGAAAUAUGAAGCCAUCUACCCAGAGACUCCCCAUAUCCUUGGGUACUGCCGAGGGGAAGCUGUAUAUUCCAGGAGUUGUGUGCACACUCUGCACUCCAAGGAUACCUGGUUGAAACAAGCAAGAGUGGUGAGGUCUGGGGAAGUGGCAUAUAAGAUGGUGAAAGGAUAUUCCAAUCGAGUGCGGAAAGCCCGGCUGGCUGAUCCCCGCGGCCAAGAGCAAGGCAACUUGGCGCUCUUUGGCUUCUGGCAGACGGAGCCAUACCAGCCCCCCGUGGCAGUGGAUGGAAAGGUUCCCCGGAACGCCUAUGGGAAUGUCUACCUCUUCCAGCCCUGCAUGCUUCCUAUUGGCUGUGUCCACCUGAAACUGCCCAGCCUGCAUCGUGUGGCCCAUAUACUGGGCAUCGACUGCGUCCAGGCUGUCAGUGGUUUUGAAUUUUAUGGCGGCUAUUCACAUCCAGUAACCGAUGGCUAUAUUGUCUGUGAAGAACACAAAGAAAUACUCAUAGCUGCUUGGGUCAACGAGCAGGAAAUUAUUAAACAGAAGCAGACCGAGAAACGAGAGAAGAAAGUACUGGAUAAAUGGGUGAUGCUGAUGAGGGGACUUCUCAUCAGAGAGCGCCUGAAAGUACGAUAUGGGGUGAAGAAAGGAUGGUUGCCUCCACCUGAAGAAGAAUUUUCUUCUGGUGAAGAAGGUACCAGCUCCAAGGCAGGCGCCAAGGAUUUGGCUGUCACUGGGGCCCAAAACCGUCAAGCCAAAGAGGAGUCGAAAGAGGAGAAAACUAAGAAGACCAAUGAGAAAGAGGGAAAAGAAGGUGAAGAUCCGUAGAGUGGAGCAACGUACUGAUUGCUCUGAUCCUGCAAGCCUUAUUUCAAAACCCUGAUCAUUAAUUGCAUUUUAAUUCUCAGUUUACAGUUUUAAGGAGAGAGUUUACACUGUAUGUGUCCAGAUGCUAAAAGGCAACGGUUGUAUGUGUUCAAAAUUUAAAUGCAUACAAUUCAAAUUUGCAACAGUUUAUAGAGUUUGGAUUGGCAAGCGGCCGGGGUUCCGCCAGUUGGGAGCUGUGCCAGUUUGGAGAUGGGCCAUUUCUAGGCUGCGCCAGCUAUGGAGCUAUCCAGUUCGGAGCUGCACCACAUCAGAGUUGGACCAGUUUGGGGCUGGGACAGGUCAGGGGUUGGCCAGUUUGGGGCUGGUGGCACAGUUGAGGGUUGAGCCACUUUGAGGUUGGGCCAGUUUGACGUUGUGUCAAUAUAGAGUUCAGGGUGGCACUAGUUCAGCAUGGUGCCGGGGGGGAGU